CUUCAAAACAACUCAUACUGACGUGUUAUCUUUGGCAACUGACUGAUGUGGAAGAGCAUCCGCACCUUAUGCACCUGCAUGACAGAAUGUCGAGAAAAUCCUUUUCAGUGAAUCCAUUCAUUCACACAUUCUAAGUGUUGCCUGCACCUGCUCACUCACUCCUCCAGACGUCUCUUCACCAAUUUAGCCGUGUAUGUGUAUUGUAGUAUAGGUUCAAGUAUGUGUAUUGUAGUAUAGGUUCAAGUUGGCGUUGCUGCUGAUCGAGUCUGUUAAGAUUGUGUACGUUUUUCUUAGCGCACGCAAUUACGCAAGCAGCAACUGUCCCUUUUCUCUUCAUGCCUUCGUUAGUUGCGCUUUAGUAAUGGGCUGCGGAAGCACCAAGGUGCUGCCAGAGAGCUCGGUUAAAAACGGUUACGUGAGCUUCGUGAAGUCUGUAGUGGGCUACAGUCACAAAAGAAAAGAGUUAGACGAUGAGCUACAGAAGUGUAAAGGGACGCAGAAAGACUUUUGGAGUGUUGUUCAGAGCAGUGGAGUUACGGGUACACAGGCGCCGUCACGCGUUCUACUGCCGACGGGCCAGGAUGGGCAGAGGCACAACAAAGUGGCCAAGUACAAGGCGAAGUUUGACCCCAGAGUCACAGCAAGGUAUGAUAUCAAGGCCCUGAUCGGUAGGGGGAGCUUCAGCCGGGUGGUACGCGUCGAGCACAGAGCCACCCGCCAACCCUUCGCCAUCAAGAUGAUGGAGGUGGAGGCCAGGGAAGGGCGAGAGGUGUGUGACUCGGAGCUGGGGGUGCUACGCAGGGUUAGCCACCUCAAUGUGGUACAGCUGGUGGAGGUGUUCCAGUCUCCCCAGAGGGUCUACAUGGUUCUGGAACUGGCCACGGGCGGGGAGCUGUUCGACCGUGUCAUCGCUAAGGGCCACUUCACUGAGCGUGAUGCCACCAGAGCCCUGCAGAUGACUUUAGCCGGGGUGGGGUAUCUUCAUUCUCUGGGCAUCACACACAGGGACCUGAAACCUGAGAAUCUGUUGUACUACCACCCUGGAGCUGACUCACGCCUGCUGGUGACUGACUUUGGACUGGCCAGCUUUGGGAACAGGGACCCUGGAGGGGGUAAGGAUGGAGUGGGCAGUGGAAGUGGAGAUAGUGGAGUUGGAAGAGGCAGUGGAAGGGGUGGAAGUCUGGGUGGAGUUCCAGGUGGUAAGGUAGCAAAUAGGGAUGGUAAGGAAAGCUGUGAUAGAAGGGAUGGAAAAGGAAGUGGAAGAGAUGGAAGAGGGGAUGGAGGAGGUGGCGGUAGAAGAGACUGGUCCAUGACGACCACUUGUGGGACACCAGAGUACAUGGCCCCAGAGGUGGUCUUGAGGUUGCCCUACUCCUGCCAGGUGGACAUGUGGGCCCUAGGGGUCAUAGCCUACAUCCUACUCAGUGGCUCCAUGCCCUUUGAGGACGACAGCCGGCCCAGACUCUACAGAGCCAUCCUCAGGGGAAGGUACAGCUUCCACGGAGAGCCCUGGCCCUCUGUUUCCAACCUGGCUAAGGACUUCAUUGAGUGCCUCCUAGGGGUGGACCCUUCAUCUCGCCUCACCGCCAUCCAGGCCCUCCACCACCCCUGGGUGGUCACCAUGUCAGCAAGCUCCUCAUCCAUGACCAACCUGCAUCGCUCCAUCUCCCAGAACCUCCGGCGGCGGGCAUCUCGGGCCUCCGUACCCUCCUCCUCGUCAUCCUCCCGAUGCCCCAGGGAACCAGGCUACGACCCAGUCUCUAAGACCCACCUCCCAGCCCAACAAGCCCCCUGAGCAGGUUCAGCCAGCGUGCUCCACCACCACCACCACCCAGCCAGGGUCGCCCUGACAAAAACCCAGUCACAGUCAGGCUAACAUCAGCAGCACAACAGCUGUUCAGGCUAAGUCUGCUGUCUUGCUGCUGCAGACAUCGGCGUGUCUCCCAAAUGGCACUCUAUUCCCUAUUUAGUGCAUUACUUUUGACCAGUGGUGUCUGUAGGUCAGGCUGAAAGCUUUAGCCUGUUCUGUUGCUGCCACUCUGUCUUAGUUACAGACCCAUGCUCAGCUUUACACUCUGAUCCCGCUCAGGCUACCUCAACACUUGGUUGCUCACAAACACGCCACACAGACUGAGGCUUUUCCUAAGACAGUACCAUCUCCAACCCCAGCAGAGAUGAUCAGACUUUGCCUUAAAGAAUAGGCUAAACAUCAGAUCAUUUUUAAGGUGUCGUAUAAGUGAAACUCUAGUACAGGCCCUAUUUUCUUUCAGGAAAAUAAAGUGUUAAGUAAAUAAGUAUGAGUGAAACUCUGCGGGAUGAGGCUUGACAGGCAGUGGUACGCUACCUCUUGAAACACCCAGCUCUGUAAUAGUGUAAUAAACUAUCAUCAAUAUUUAAAUUGAGUACCUGAAAACUUUAUUUCAAAUCCAAAACGUUCUAGGAAAAAGCUAUGCGGAAAGAGGAAAACAAAAAUUAAAUCAAAGUUUGAAAGUGCAUCAAAAUGCAAAUAGGAUGGGAAGAAUAAUUGCUCCAUUUCAUCUGGCAUUAUCACAAAUUAUAUUCAUGAUUUUUUUGUGUUUUGUAUUAAUCUUGGUGAUUCAUGUUCUCAGUUGAAGAUGACUUGGGGUAUGUGCUUAAUGGCACUCUAUUCCCUAUAUUGUGCACUACUUUUGACCAGAGCCCUAUGGUUCCAGUGCACUAUAAGGGGAAUAGGGUGCCAUGAGGGAUUCCGACUUGCUGUCUGACUUACUUGGCUAGUUUCCACUUUGGAGAGGAGAGGAGACAGUAAAACCUAUAGAGGAAAAUGGGUCCUUAUCACUGAUGCUGGUUCAAUGAUGGAGUCAGAUGUAACAUCUAGCCUAUUUGUGUGGAAAGGCCUCACUACACCACCUCUUUACCCCAGUGAAUGGUUGUAAAUAUAAAUAUGAAAUCUAAUCUGCCUGCCACCUGCAUGUUUGUUUUCUUAGUGUCUGCAUCCUUUUUCUCAUUCUGACGUAAGGUGAAAUAAACUGUAUAUUACUCCAACAA